AUGGCUUGGCCGUGCAUCAGCAGAGUGUGCUGCCUGGCUCGCUUCUGGAAUCAGUUCGACAAAUCGGACCUGUCCGUCCCGCUCACCAUCCAGAACUACUCGGACAUCGCCGAGCAGGAGGUGCGGUCCGUCACCAAACAGGUCUCCGCGUCGGAGCGCGCACCCGGGAAUAACUACUCGACCCCGGAGCCCCGCGCCAACAAGGGCUCCCCUCAGGCGCCCGCGGAUGGAGCGGGCACCCGGGGAUCGUUCAGGGCGCGUAAGGAGCCCAGCUACAAGCCCCGGGAGGACUACCACCCGCCCGGAGUGCCUUUCCCCAGCGUUACGCAGUACAAGCAGGAUUUCAAACCCUGGCCCAUUCCUAGGAAAGAGAAUUUCCCGUGGAUUAGUAACGGGGGCAGCAGGGCGGACAGUGUGUCGGACAGUCCGGUGAACAGUUACCACGUCCAGGCGCCGCCGGGGGAGAGAGAAGAGCGGGGCAGGGGGCAGAGGUGGGGGGAGCAGCAGGUGAUGGAGGAGAGCAAAACCAGCUCCUACAGGCAAGAGUACAGGCCGUGGACGGGGGUGAGACCAGCCAAAAGUGCGAGGAAAAACCCUCCAGCUCAGUACUCCAGCCCAGGGACGGACGCCACCCACAUCCCCCGUGAGACCAGCUACCAGGCUGCCUACAGCGGGGAGGUCAGCAGGCCCGUAGGUCUGCAUCAGGGGGAGCACAUCAUCCCAUCUGCUGCCUCCAACGUGCAACCUGCCCCCGUCCCCCACCCCGCCUCAGCUUCACCCUGCCCCUCCAGCCUCCAGCAGAGCAUCCUGCCCGAGAGGACCGAGCUCAGCGGAACCGCCAAGGGAGAGGAACAUCUGGUGAGGACCAAACUCCCUCCAAACCCUUCUGCCGUCUUUCAAAGCGGAUCGAGGGUCUUCAACAUCUGACGGCUGCUGCGAUCUUUCCAACCAUUCCACUUUGACCGGUUUCAAAUUUUUAACGGAAUCAACAGGGGAAUGUUUUCAGUCCAUUCCACAACACAAGAAUCUAUGCAAGGGAAUGUAUUGUGAUGAAGCCUGUGGAGCUGCGGCGUGGUGAUCGACAACCUUCCUUUUACACUCCUUCCUGCCCCCCACCCCACCCGACCCUCCUCGUUACUAUGGAAAUGAAUAUGCAUGUAACACAAUAGUUUUAAAACAAGCUUUCUUUUUGUUUUUGCGGUUAUAGACGCACAAGAAACUGGCUGCUCUGUGUGUGUGUGUGUGUGUGAGUUUGUGUGCGCGCCUGCCGAUUCGUCCCUUUUAUCGUACAUAGUGUUGAGUCUGCACCAAUGACGUUGUUUGUCAUCGAGUGCUUUAGAGUACUACGUUGCCCUUCGGUGUUGCUAGAAAUCUGCUCGAAAAUAAGUUAUUUCCUCAGUAUUCAAUUCAUUUGCUAUUUUGGGAAAGUAUUGUUCGGUCUCAUUUUGUAAAUCUAUUGUUAAAGAAAAAAAGCGCAAAUAUAUGAUGUAAGUGAAAUCGCAAUAAAUGAUUAUUAGCUAGGUUCUUAGCACUUUCUCUCA